CCUCUCCAAGGAAGCUAAUGGAGAAGACUCAACUGAAAGUAAAAGUGCCUUGGGCCAAGGUUUCAACAGACCUCACCAAAAUGCCGUCUCAAAUGGAGCACGCCGUGGAAACCAUGAUGUUCACGUUUCACAAGUUUGCUGGGGAUAAAGGCUACUUAACAAAGGAGGACCUGAGAGUACUCAUGGAAAAGGAGUUCCCUGGAUUUUUGGAAAAUCAAAAAGACCCUCUGGCCGUGGACAAAAUAAUGAAGGACCUGGACCAGUGCCCAGAUGGCAAGGUGGGCUUCCAGAGCUUCUUCUCGCUAAUUGCUGGGCUCACCAUCGCAUGCAAUGACUAUUUUGUAAUACACAUGAAGCAGAAGGGAAAGAAGUAGGCAACAUCGAGCAACACUCCCGCCCACCCAAUGAGAGUUUUCCUGAAGGGUCUCUUUAGGAAUCUGUCCCACAGCUUCCCCCUGUAUAAAGGAUUCCAUGAGCAGAUGGGGACCCUCAGAAAUGUACAAAUAAAAUCCAACCCCCAUUUGAGAAGCGAGAAAGAGAAGUCAGAUAAGCUUUUGAUUUUUAUAUUGCUUGCACCCUCUUGCCCUCAAUAAACAAAUUCCUUUUUUAGUUCCUCA